GAAGGUGCGCGGCCGCCAUUUUUGUCGCGGGCAGAAACGCUCCGUGGGCGCCAUCACAGGGAUGGGCAAAGGGGGGGAUUAUUACCACUUUUUUUCAAUGGAGGGAGGGUGGAGUUCCCGCGAUGUUUGGGGCUUGGUGGGCGGGGCUCUGCUGCCACGUCAGGCUUCAGGCAGGAGAUAGCGGAUCCGGAGAGAGCCGGGUGAGAAUCCUGCUCGCGGGGGGGGGGGCGGGAGGGAUUACCGGGGGGGGGUUUCCUCGUGGCCCAUAGGGGGUGGGGAGCCUGGGAUGGGUGGGGGUCCCUCUGGGAAGCCCCCCCCGUUUGGGGGCGAGUGGGGCAGCCUCCGUGUCUGCAGAGGGACCCCACCCCUCCGUGGACCCCGCUUGCUGCCCCCUUCCUCGCGAGGGGGUGGACUAGAUGCCCCCUGGGGUCCCUCCCCGCUCGCAGCCUCUCCCUCCCCUCCCUGAACGAGGACCACCCCUCCCCCAGUCUCCCUGCGCUUGGGGGUCCCUUUUCUUUGCUGCCCCCUCCGUCUUCUCCCAACACGUGUUUCCCCCUCUCCUUCCUUCCUGAAAAGCCAGCCCUGGGGCGGAAAAGGCAGCCGCCCCCUCCCUGGGGGGCAGGAAAGAGGGGCUGGGCUGAGGGUCCCAAGCCAGGGCAUGGCUGCGGGACAAGCAUCCUUCGCAGGCUCUCCUGCGCCUGGGUCUGAUCCUGCAAAGCAUCUUGAAAAGAUCUGGGUUUUUGACAUGGGGGGCGGAGAGAUGCGAGUAGACCGGCUGCUUGAGCCCCCCCCCCCCCCGUGUGGGUCAGUGUCUUCCUUAAAACAAGCUGCCCAAACAGAAAGUCUAGUUGCCCUUUUGGGGGCAAGGCGGCUCUAAACUCUUGUUUUUCAAAUGACGAACUGUGAUUGAAUCUCAGUUAAAUAUCUGGCUAGUUUAGACGACAACCUGAAGAUCUUUGAGAACUUAGAGGAGGAAAGUCUCUCAAUCCAGGGACAGUCAAUUUUGUCCUCUUUUUCUGAAUGGUUACACAAAUCGUUCACAACAUAGGAAUAUUAUUCCCAGCAAUGAGUGGGGGGGGGGGGAGGAGGAUGGUAAGAGAAGACGAGCGACAACAAUUAGCUAUGACGUCCUUCGCUCCUCCCACUCGGGCUGCACAGAAAAAGCCAUUUGGUUCCAGAAAUCCAUUCCGAUUGUGCAGAUAAAGUAUAAUGGAUAGAAUUCUACAGGAUGAGGUCUGAGUGGGUGAAAACAGACCAGAUCCAAGAAUCCCCAAAUGCUGGAUAUGUUAGGUAGCAUCCUGGCACCCAGGCAUCUUCAGAGGGUUGCCGGCGGUCGAAAGCCAGGGGCAAAAUGCGCCUGGCACCUGGCUAAUUUCGAAGGCUGGUGUGGUUGUGCAGCCCUUGACCUUCCUUCUCCCCACAGAUCCGGCGCCAUGGCUGCUAGCAGGUUGUUCGCGAGCCCCCAGCCCCCAGACGUUGCCACCGCCGUGGUGCUCUGCUUGGCGCUGCUGUGGGGCGCCUCCGCGCAGCACGAGGGCUUUCACGGCCAAGCUCACGAGGACUUCCACCACGGCCACAGCCACGCUCACGGCCAUGGCCACACGCACGAGGAUAUCUGGCAUGGCCACGCACAUGACGACGGCCACACGCACGAGGAUAUCUGGCACGGCCACGAUGAUGGCCACGGGCACACGCACAAGGGUAUCUGGCACGGCCACGCUCACGAGGACCACCACGGACACAGCCACUCGCACGGGGGCCACUCGCAUGAAGGCUUGCACCAUGGGCACUCGCACGAGGAUUUUCACCACGGACACAGCCAUGGGCAUGAGGGCCACCACCAUGGUCAUGGCCAUUUCCACGACGGUCCUCUCCACCACAGCAACUCGCACGAGUCUCCUGCUGACGGCCCCAGCAGGGCCCAAUCCUCCCCUGGGAACGAGAAACCUCUGCCGAGGAGGGAGAAGUUGGAGCCGCUGCAGUUGUGGACUUACGUGAGUGGUUUCCAGCCAUAGGGGACAAAGGGUCUUCCUGGAUCCCUUUCCCCGGGCUCUGGGUGGGACGGGGGUCUUUUGCUCUUUCUGGGGGCGGGAGAGGCUGGCAGCACUUUCCUCUCCGUGUUGCCUUGGAAGCAAGUUCCACAUAUCCAGUGGGGUUUCUUUCCUCAUAAGUGCCUUUAGCAAGGCGGCCGUACAGAGAGCCACCAUCGUGUUGAUGGUGAAUUCCAUACCAUCCCUUUUGCCCAUUUUUUAUUAUCCAACAUUAUCUCCCGGUCUGCCCCAUAGAGGACCUUAAGGUCCAUAAAUAACAACACCCUAGUGGUCCCGGGACCUAAGGAAGUCAGACUAGCCUCAAGCAGAGCCAGGGCCUUCUCAACACGGGCUCCAACACUGGUGGAACGCUCUGUCUCAUGAGACCAGGGCCCUGUGGGAUCUGAUUUCUUUCCGCAGGGCCUGUAAGACAGUUGUUCUGCCUGGCCUUUGGCUUGGAGCCAAUUUGAUUCCCUCCCUCUCUUUCUUUUUUCCUUUCUUCUUCUGUGAUGGAACUCUUAUUUGGGGACUUCCCUGGCUUUCUUCUGGCCCACGUAGGACCAGUCUGGAUAGUCAGCCUUGGUGAAGACCUGAUGUUUUCAUCCCAAAAAAAUUUCCACUGAAAUGAGGUUGCAUUUUAAUGUUUUAGUGUUGUAUUUUAAUCUUGUUUUUUAAGUUGUAUUUCAAUCAUUUGUUUUUAUAUUGGGUGUUAGCCGCCCUGAGCCCGGUCUUGGCUGGGGAGGGCGGGGUAUAAAUAAAAUUUAAUAUCAUUAUUAUCUGUUUUCAGUCUGCAAAAGAGGGGCCCCCGCAUUGCAGCGGCCUGGGCUGGAUGGCUCAGGAACUCUCUCUGGGGUUGGGCCAAGGGGCCCCUGCUGGCUGUGGGGUGACCCUCUCUUUCUCUCCCCCCACCCGUAGGCCAUUGGCGCCACUCUCCUCAUCAGCGCUGCCCCGUACUUCAUCCUCUUCCUCAUCCCAGUGGAGUCCAACACCUCCCAGCACCAAGCCCUCCUCAAACUGCUGCUCAGCUUCGCCUCGGGGGGGCUUCUGGGAGACGCCUUCCUGCACCUCAUCCCUCACGCGCUGGGUGAGUUGAAGGGCAGCCCCCUGGUCCUGCCCCCUCCGCCCUGCCUCUCCUUUGGGCUGGAUAGCCUCUUCCCUCCCCUCCUCUCAUCCGAGUGAGCUGCGAUUCCGGGGGGUUGGACUACAUGGCCCUCAGAGGUCCCUUUUACUCACCUGUUCCUUCUCCCUUCCAGAGCCGCACUCCCACCAUGGGGAAGGCGCAGGACACAGCCACGUGAAGCCGGAAUCCCACGGGCAUUCUCACCAGGGUAAGAACUGGGCGCUGGGGGGGGGGAGCUUUUUGCACUACAAUUCCCAGCAGCCCUAGGGAGCCCAAAGCAGCGGCAAUGGAUGAUGGGUGUUGUAGCCCAAUGACAUCUGGGGAGCUCAGGUGGAGAAAGGCUGAGUCAUUGCAGGAGAGAGCAAACAUUUAUUCAUUUAUGAUACGAUAAAAUAAUCUUUAUUGUCAUUGUCCCAUACAGAACAACGAAAUUGAAAAAAAUCUACAUCAGACAUUCAAAAACUGACAAGCCUGCUAUCCCAGCCUGGUUAGCCCCCUAAAAACUCUGAUACCCCAUAGUUAAAUACAAUAUAUUCCCAUAGAGACUACCUUACGCUACCAAAAUUGCAUUUGGAUAGAAACUGUUUCUCCUAGUCCUAGUCUUUAUAACCCUUUACCUUCUUCCAGAAGGCAGAAGCUGAAAAAGAUCAUUUCCGGGGUGUGCACUAUCUUGCGCUAUCUCUGCAGGUAGUUUAGUAGUUUACCUGGACAAUUUGCACUCCACUCUUGGUUGAAAACGUGCCACCUGAGCUCAAUUGAAACAAGGCAGUCUUACAAUUUAAAGGAUGGAUGGUGGUCAAUAGAUUGAGGUUGAAUGCUGACAAGACAGAUGUACUGUUCUUGGGGGACAGGGCAGGUGGGGGUGGAGGACUCCCUGGUCCUGAAUGGGGUAUCUGUGCCCCUGAAGGACCAGGUGCGCAGCCUGGGAGUCAUUUUGGACUCACAGCUGUCCAUGGAGGCGCAGGUCAAUUCUGUGUCCAGGGCAGCUGUUUACCAGCUCCAUCUGGUGCGCAGGCUGAGAUCCUAUCUGCCCACAGACUGUCUUGCCAGAGUGGUGCAUGCUCUGGUUAUCUCCCGCUUGGACUACUGCAAUGUGCUCUAUGUGGGGCUACCUUUGAAGGUGACCCAGAAACUACAACUAAUCCAGAAUGCAGCAGCUGGACAGGUGACUGGGAGCAGCCUCUGAGACCACAUAACACUGGUCUUGAAAAACCUACAUUGGCUCCGAGUAGGUUUCCAAGCACAAUUCAAAGUGUUGGUGCUGACCUUUCAAGCCCUAAACAGCCAGUAUAUCUGAAGGAGCGUCUCCACCCUCAUGCUUCAGCCCUGACGCUGAGGUCCAGCGCCGAGGGCCUUCUGGCAGUUCCCUCCCUGCGAGAAGCAAGGUUACAGGGAAGCAAGCAGAGGGCCUUCUCGGUGGUGGCGCCUGCCCUGUGGAACGCCCUCCCAGUAGAUAUCCAUGAAAUCAACUUUCCUUUUCAACUGUAUUUUUAUUGCUGUGUAUCAGUAACAACAAUCAUUAAAUAAUUAUUUCUACCCCACCCACCUGGCCUGGUUUCCCCAGCCACUCUGGGCAGCUUCCAGUACAUAUAAGAACAUAAACAUAAGAAACAUUAAAAACCUCCCUAUCCAGGGCUGCCUUCGGAUGUCUUCCAAAGGUUGUGAAGUUAUUUACACCUUUCAACAUAAGAUGUAAUAAAAACUGGAGAAGAGAGAUCAGAAACAAACCAAGAGAAAAGGGAAAAAAUACUUUUCAAAGAAGUUUGAAGGCAGCACUAUUUAUGGAGGUUUUUAAGGUUUGAGCUUUCAUGGUGUUUUUAUAAAAAUUUUGCUGUAAGCUGCCCAGAGCGGCUGGGGCAGCCCAUUCAGAUGGGUGGGAUAUAAGUAAUACAAUUAUUGUCAUUAUUAUUAAAAUGGAAACCACCAGGGGCAAGGGCCUGAUCCUUCUGCAGUCUCUUCUUUCUCAUCAUCCUCUGCUCAUCUCCCCCACCCCCGGCCUCCUUCCAGGUUCUGAGCACCAGCACAUGAUGUCAGUGGGCCUCUGGGUCCUGGGGGGUAUCGUGGCCUUCCUGGUGGUGGAGAAGUUCGUCCGGCACGUCAAAGGAGGCCACGGACACCACGGACACAGCCACGGUGGGUGCGGCCAAAGCCCCGCGGCCAAAUCUGCCCCCUGCUCAAGUUCCUCGUUUAUUCGGUUCUUCGUUCAAUUUAUACACAGCCCUUUGGCCAAAGAUCUCGGGGCGGCGGGCAAGAUAAACUUGCAAAAGGAUGAAGGAAUUUGGGGAAAUGAUCUACAACGAGCUAAAAAAAACCCGUUUUAAUUAACCUUUCCCCAAAAACCGGCAGCCUUUCUCCUGGGGAUUAUGGGCGUGGAGAUACCGAAAGAUUUAAGGAGAUUAUUUAUGUAUGGCAGCGAGAAUUGUUGUUAGCCCAUUGUUGGAAAGGAGAGAAGAUACUGACAAAAUUGGAAGGGCAGACGAAACUGUUAGAAUAUGCCGAGAUGGAACCAUGUACAGUAGAUCAAAAAUUCUACAGAGAAUGGGACAAUUAUAUCUAAAAGAUCACUGUAAAUAUCUAAAAGAUCAUGGUAAACAUGUAAAAUCGUUGGCAGGCUUUGAAUGAUUCCUGCAACAUGUCCUAAUCCUUGGAUGCGUUGGAUAAUUGUAAAAUAGAUUAUGUUUAAUAUGCAGUCGGUAUAGAAACAGGUUGAGGAGGAGGGAAGUUUCAAUAUGGGAACAAUUUACCGUAUUUCCAGCUUUUCUGUUCUACUUUGUUUAUCUACGUUAUCAACGGAGAGUUGCAGCUGUGAUUCAUUGCAUGAAAUUAAUAAAGAUUAAUUGAGGUGGGGGGAGAUAAACUUGUUGCCGUGGCUUUAUCUGUUGGGGGGGCAGGGAGUGUCUUCCUGCCCCCCCUAAAACUUUCCUUUCUUACUCCCCAGUUGCCAAAGCCAAAAGCAGCGACGACGAGGCAGAGAAAGAGCCUUUGCGGGGAAAGACGUCGGAGAAAACCACAGCCCCCUCCCAGGGGAAGCAGAAGCCCCCCGACUCUGGUGAGGUGGUGCAUUUGGGCGAGCCCUGGAUUUUUUUGGGGGGGUGCGAUUGGGAUUUUCUAAAAUGUGGGAUCCAGGGACACAGCCCCCCACUCACUUUCUCUUCUCCCCAGCCAUGCGUGUGUCUGGCUACCUGAACCUGGCUGCUGACUUUGCCCACAACUUCACGGACGGGCUGGCGCUGGGGGCGUCCUUCCUGGCGGGGGGCACGGUCGGGGCCGUCACCACCCUGACGGUCCUGCUCCACGAGGUGCCCCACGAGGUGGGCGACUUCGCAAUCCUCGUCCAGUCCGGCUGCAGCAAGAAGAAGGUAAUGGAUCUCCCUGGCAGGGACGGGUCAAAAUACAAUAAUAAUAAUAAUAAUAAUAGUAAUUUAUUUAUUUAUACCCCGCCCACCUGGCUGCGCUUCCCCAGCCACUCUGGGUGACUUCCAACAAAAUAUUAAAAUACAAACAUUAAAAGCCUCCCUAAACAGGGCUGCCUUCAGAUGUCUUCUAAAAGUCUGGUAGUUGUUGUUCUCUUUGACAUCCGGUGGGAGGGCGUUCCACAGGGCAGGCGUCACUACCAAGAAGGUCCUCUGCCUGGUUCCCUGUAACUUGGCUUCUCGCAGUGAGGGAACCGCCAGAAAUCCCUCAGCGCUGGGCAGAUGGAGCUGGUAUGCAAGCUGAGACCCUAUGGAGCUGGUAGACAGCUGCCUUGGACACAGAAUUGACCUGCGCCUCCAUGGACAGCUGUGAGUCCAAAAUGAUCACUCCCAGUCACCAGUCCAGCUGCCGCAUUCUGGAUUAGUUGUAGUUUCCGGGUCACCUUCAAAGGUAGCCCCACGGAGAGCGCAUUGCAGUAGUCCAAGCGGGAGAUAACCAGAGCAUGCACCACUCUGGCCAGACAGUCUGCGGGCAGGUAGGGUCUCAUCCUGCGUACCAGAUGGAUCUGGGAGACAGCUGCCUUGGACACAGAAUUGACCUGCGCCUCCAUGGACAGCUGUGAGUCCAGAAUGACUCCCAGGCUGCGCACCUGGUCCUUCAGGGGCACAGUGACCCCAUUCAGGACCAGAGAGCUCCCCACACCCGCCCGCCCCCUGUCCCCCCAAAAACAGUCCUUCUGUCUUGUCAGGAUUCAACCUCAAUCUGUUAGCCGCCAUCCAUCCUCCAACCGCCUCCAGGCGCUCACACAGGACCUUCACCGCCUUCACUGGUUCUGAUUUGAAAGAGAGGUAGAGAGGUUGAGCCUCCUUAGAGAGGGGCAGUCUACCUCUGAGCACGGGGAGCUGGGCAAGAGGAGCCUUGGGUGAGACUGUCCUCCUUUUCUCCCCUCUGCCAGGCGAUGAAGCUUCAGCUGGUGACGGCGCUGGGCGCCCUGGCGGGCACGGUCUGCUCGCUGCUGGCGGAAGGCGUGGGCGAGGCAGCCACGGCCUGGAUCCUGCCCUUCACGGCCGGCGGCUUCAUCUACGUGGCCACCGUCUCGGUCAUCCCCGAGCUGCUGCAGGACUCGGGGCCGGUGCAGUCGCUGCUGGAGGUGCUGGGACUGGUCGGCGGAGUUGCCAUGAUGGUCUUCAUCGCCCAGUACGAGUAGAGCGGAGGGGGGAGGACGGGGAGGGGGCCAGGCGCCCGUUUGGGGCAGCGGAGGCGGGACCAAGGAGAAACGGACAGCCCGGCCCCCCACUCCCUCUCCAGCUCCAUCUGGGGUCCAGACAUUUCAGCCGCUGCAGCGCACCUCCCAUCCUCCAGGAGGCGCUGUGUUGGUGCUGCAGGAAGAGGAAGUGGAGAAAACGACCAGUCUGGGACCAGCUCUUCUGCUCCAGUUGGAGAUAGCAAAAUGCCCUUUUCUAUAGGGCACAGGGUGGGGGGUAGGAAGAGAAUUUUAGGGUUCUCGUGUGUGUGUGUGUUUGCGUGUCCGUCCUCUUGGCCCCGAAUUGUUGGGGUUGGGGGCUCGGAAGCAAGGACCAGGAACUUGGAGGACCAGGGUGUGGGAUAUGGGGGAGCCAUGAUUUGGGGAGGUUGGGGGUCAGGAGAAAUCAUGCUUUUUUUGCCGGAGGAGCAUAGUUGCUGGCAGCCAAUAAUGGAAUAAUUCGGCGCAGCUCUGAAGGGGGGAGCUGAGGGCGUCACAGUGGGGACCCCCCUGCCCCCCAAAAGGGAACCAAACUGCGCCCCAUAGGAGAAUUUUCCAAGGGGAUCUUUAGAAAAGCGUUUCUGCUACUGUAAAAUACGACUCCUGGAAGUCUGUUCUCGCGGCCGAAGCCGGGGCAGAAAUCCUGAUUUAUACUCCGAGGAAAAGGUGUGGGGGUUUAGGAACGGACUUUCCGUGUACACGUCAUAUAUAUAUAUAUAUUUCUUUUCUCUCUUUUUUUUGCAAUUUCUUUUGUAGGGUGGAGGGGUCUUACUUUGGGGCGACGGUUGUACCAGGGAGAAAUGUGUAAAGGACAGGAAUAGUGGCGCCUGCAAUUAAAACUUACUUCUGCCCUGGGAAAAAAGGGAAAAGGC